UCCUCGAUACUGAAGCACGAUAUAAAGCCUUCCUUGGAAUGCUGGGCUGAAGCUGCACUGUCGAUCCGACCAAGAUGCAUAUGUCACUGCAAAUUCUGAUCCUAGUUACUCUGUCAACAGGAGUUUUGGGGAACCAGGAUGUAGAUGAGCUGAAGUACGUGACCACUCUGGUAUCACCUAACUUUCCAGACCCAUACCCUUACGAUAGCAGCCAAGAAUACAUCGUUGAAAGUUCACCGGAAGACAAGAUGAUAAGAGUCCUGUUCUAUUCGCUCGAGAUCGAACGAUUUUGGGACCUGCUGACUUUCACCCACACUUCGCACCAAGACAACACUGUGACGUCAUAUCGACUUGGCACGAAUGAAGUGACAUCACUGUCCCUUGCGAGUGGCCAUCUCGCAGUUCGGUUUUGCAGCGAUCGGGCCAUGGAUCUGAAAGGCUUCGCCUUGAACAUCUUCACAACGGAUAACCAUAUUGUCACAAACACCACUGAUGACUUCAUCUGUGCAUCUGGAACUCAGAGUAUCACCCAACACUCUCAUUGUGACAUGAUUGUUGACUGUCAUGAUUUCUCAGACGAAGAUGACUGUGGUUUUUGUCCUGAUGAGGCCUUCCAUUGCCGUGGGAGUGAUAUUUGUAUCUUACCCAGACUUCAGUGCGAUGGAUGGCCAGACUGCCCUCAUGGGGAUGACGAGGAGAUGUGUGAAAUAAUAAAAUGCCCCUAUGAUUGUUCUUGCGGUGAGUCCUUCUUCUAUGCUGGAUGGGGACCCCGCUCACAACCCUGUAGUAAACCUGAAUGGCUACCAUUCUGGGUCAAUUGCACUACAACCUGGAAUGGAGACUACGCCAAGAGCUCUGCAGUCAAAUCCACUGUCAUAAACUUGAGUGGAACUCCUUUAUUUGGCAACCUUGAGGUUUCUUCAUUUUACGGUCUCCAUCAACUUCAUGCCAUCUACUUGGAUUCAUGUCAACUGGAAUAUUUACCUCCCGGUAUUUUCAGAGAUAAUAAUCGAGUUUGGCGGAUGGCACUGCUUAAUAAUAGUUUGACUUUCCUUGAAAACGGGACGUUUGAUGGACUUACAAACCUCCGUGCCUUGUACAUGGAAUAUAACCUAAUAGCGAGGCUCGAUGAGGGCUGCUUCCGGGGACUGGACAAUAUUCUUAUUUUUGACUUGCAGAACAACAGCCUGAGUGAUUUAAGACAUGGAUCACUCGCUGAUAUGGGAGGCUCUUUACAACGUUUAAUUUUUGAAAACAAUUUCAUCAGAUCCAUCAAUUCCUCGCUCCUUGCUGGACUUGAAGAUUCACUGGUUGUUCUGAAUAUGCAGGGAAACCCAAUUGAGGAAGUCGCCCCGGAAAGCUUCACGCAAAUGAGAGCCCUCGAAGACCUACACCUUUUGUCGGCGAAAAAGAUCAACCUCUAUCCCGAAAUCUUCAAGUUUGGCCCGAGUUUUCAAACACUAUUUGUGUUUGACCCUCGGAUAUGUUGCAUCAUGCCUGAUAGUUUGACCUGCACCAUCAUCGAGCCCCCGCAUCCUCUCUUCACUUGCCGUAAAACAUUUCUCCAAAACGAUGCGGUCAAAGUCUUCAUCUGGAUCUUAGGAAUCAGUGCCCUCGUCGGUAAUGCGAUCGUCGUCUUUAUGCGCCUCACCACCAGUUCGCCCAACUCGACGCCCAUAGCGUCCAUUCAAUCCACGCUGAUCACCAACCUUGCCGUUGCGGACUUCCUCAUGGGCGUUUACAUGGUGAUCCUGGCUGUCAUGGAUCUGGUGAUCGGGGACACGUAUUUCUGGGGAGGCAGGGCCGAGGAGUGGCGGUCUAGCCUGUCCUGCCAGAUAGCUGGCUUCGUAUCCUUCCUCAGCAGCGAGGCUUCCGUCUUCAUGCUAACCCUGAUCAGCGUCGAUCGCUUCAUCUCCAUCAUCUUCCCGUUCAGUCUUCGGCGACUCACCGUAGGUUCUGCCCGUGUGGCUGUGUCCAUGAUCUGGAUCGGAUCCAUCCUCCUUGCCAUCGGCUCUAUCCUCGUGAACCGUUCCAACCCUGACGCGUACAGCCUCAGCGAUGUCUGCGUUGGUCUUCCACUCAUCCGGAAGCUCACCGAUUUCAACUCCGAGUUCGACACCUACACGUUUUCCCAGUUCGGCCACACCCGGUACAACAUCAUCGCCUCGUCCUCCAUCUCGACCUGGCAGUUCUCCAUCGCUGUAUUCCUGGGAUUGAACCUCAUCAGCUUCGUGGUCAUUCUCCUCUGCUACAUCGCCAUCUUCUUCAAGGUUCGUCUCACCCGUAAGGAGGUCGGACGCAAGGCCGCUGGUUCCUCUGAUGACGUUAGGAUGGCGCUCAAGAUGUCACUCAUCGUCGGUACGGAUUUCUUCUGUUGGAUGCCCAUCAUCGUCCUCGGUAUCCUGGUCCAAUCCGACGUCAUCAUCCUCAGCUCUGAUGUCUAUGCCUGGCUGGUUGUCUUCGUGCUCCCCAUCAAUUCUUCUCUCAAUCCCUUUCUCUACACCCUCAUCGAACGACUCCAGAAAUGAUUGCAUCACAGAAACAAAAAGAAACGAAUAUGGGUUCCGUUGCAGAAAAAGUUGCUAUCAAACGCAACUUUAAAAAAUCAUUCCCAUCUCGGUUUUCAAUCAAUCAACGGCGCACAUUCGGGACCUGCACUUUCAUUUAUUUUGUCAUGUUUGUGGGGUUUCGUUUAAGCAACUCUCUUUCUGCAACGGGGUCCUCUGCGUUUUUUGACAGUUCCAAUGAGAUUUGUAGAAGCGGUUACCU